UGUGACAUGCGCACUCGGCCCUGUCGUUGAGUUUGUUAUGACAAGUCGAGGCCUCGGACUAAAUUAGGAGCGUAGCCGCCGUCUCUGUCCAGCCGAAUCCGCGAUGGAGGGCAUGGACCUGGACCUGGACCAGGAGCUCAUGCAGAAAUUCAGCUGCAUGGGUACAACAGACAAAGAUAUCCUAAUAUCGGAAUUUCAGAGGCUGCUCGGGUUUCAGCUAAACCCCGCCGGAUGCGCCUUCUUUCUGGACAUGACCAACUGGAAUUUACAAGCAGCCAUCGGAGCCUACUAUGACUUCGAGAGUCCCAACAUCAGUGCGCCGUGCAUGUCCUUUGUGAGGGAUGUGACAAUUGGUGAGGGUGAAUCAGUUCCACCAGACACACCUUUCACAAAGACCUGGAGGAUACAGAACACAGGCGCAGAGUCAUGGCCUCCCGGGGUUUGUCUGAAGUAUGUUGGAGGAGAUCAGUUUGGUCAUGUAAACAUGGUGAUGGUGCGGUCUCUAGACCCUCAGGAGAUGGCUGAUGUUAGUGUGCAGAUGCAGAGCCCCGUGUCUCCUGGCAUGUACCAGGGCCAGUGGAGAAUGUGCACAGCUACUGGACUUUACUAUGGAGAUGUCAUUUGGGUGAUCCUGAGUGUGGAGGUUGGAGGCCUCCUUGGUGUCACACAGCAGCUUUCCUCCUUCCAAGCCGAGUUCAACACCCAGCCUAACCGCAGCCUGGAAGGAGACUACAACCCCUUCGCUUCACCAGGGAAGAGCAAGUGCCCCAACAGCAACAACAACAGCCUCCACGAUGCCGGCGGUCAUAUGGUCGCAGAGGAACAUUGGCAGGGAAGCCCCAACGAGCUGCAGCAAGAUCAGAACGGACUUUCACACAACUCUGUGGAUAUAGUAGCAAACAGGCUACAAAGCAAUCUAUCAGUAGUCUCUUAUAACCAGGGUAUACAGGAGCCCUAUCCUUUUGGGCACUCUUAAAUCAUGGGACUUGUCACAGUGAAGCAGCACUAAAUCGUACCUCUGGAGUCUGUCACACCAGUACAAGAAAGAGGAGGAUUUAUCAGUAGCUGGUGGAGAGUGUGGAGAUUCAAAAACACUUUAUGCAAAGUCCGGCUACACUUUGAGAAACCAGAGGCCAACGCUCCUGACGUGCAGCUCAAACAGCAUCCCACAACCCACUGUAUGCACGUGUGAAUGCUAAGUUAAAAAAUGAGUGCUAUGAGUCCUUUGAGUGAUAACUUUUUUCCUUUUUUUUUCCAGAUUUUUUUUUUUAGUUGUCAGAGUGCAAAUGAAACUGACAGGAGUGUGUAUUUGUGAAAUUGUGUGUAUAUGUGUGUGCAUUGUGCAACUGAAAGAGAGACUUUGGAGGAAAAGCCAUUUAUUUUGCCAACUGAUUCUCCAGUUUCUGCUCUGACUCUUGGGUGUAUUGAUUUGGUUCCCUUUAAGUAAAUUUUAUUAUGUGGGCGUCGCUGAAACAAACCACUGGACAUCAUUUUUUGCCUUUUAUCUUAAUUUUUAAUAUAGACUUUUGAAGUGGAAGGAGGGAGCAACAUCCCUCAGAAAUAUAUCUGAUAUCAUUUAAAAGCCCAUCAAUUUUCAAUAUGGCUUGUGCAUUAUGUUCAUUAUGUUCAUUUCUAUGCUGUCAUAGUACCUGCAACAUUUCUCCACUGGAGGGAGUCAGCCAUUAAGAUCGACACUGAGAAACAGAACUCUUCUUCACAGUAAAGCUCCUAUGAUUGGGUCUAUUUUAGUCUUGAUCAUUGUAUAAGAAGCUAGAAUUUAGAAUCAGCCAUUUUAUUAUAAGUUCCAUAGUCAGAUAUGGUUUGUAGCUACUUUACUUUAUAUGCUUUCAUGAAACCGAAACUGAUUUGGUAUGAAAGAGUCCUUUGAGACAGUGAGGGUUUGUUCCCACACAUGAAAUGCUGUCACUUGGCAUAUACACAUCUAUGAAAUAUAAGUAGAAAAUUAGCAGAAUAUCUGUUAUUGGUAAUAAUGCAGUACUAGCGAUCCCCUCAGCCAUUGCCUGAGUCUAAGAUUUGGUUUAGUUAGACAUGCAUGAAAAUAUAACAGGAUGAAUGCACACUAUGCCGCCAGAUUUUGACUUCAAGCCAUAUGAACUAGGGCUGCAACGGUAUGAGAUUUUCACAGUACGAUAAACAUCUCUGAAAAUAUUGUAUUACACAACUAUUGCUAUCAUUAUUAUCAGUUAAAGUGACCCUUAAAGGAAUGAAAACAGAAGUGGUUUUUUUUUUUGAUUGAACAAAUGCUUUAUUAUAAUUUCACAAACUAUGUCCUGACAGACAACUUUACAUAAAGAUUAAAUAUUUUUUUAAGAACACUAAAGGCUGUAGAUAAGCAAAUGUAUAUUGUAUGAUAAUUGUCAGAGCAUGGUUUACAGCACUGUGAAACCCGUAUACCACUGCAGCCCCAUUAUGAACAGCGGUAAAGACAUAAUUUCACAUUAUGACAACAUCAUUUUUUCGUCACCUUGCUUUGAAUUUACAUGUUAAAGCUGUCUCUGACUUGCUUUUGUCAUAUUAAGUUGAAUGUAUUUGAUGAAUGUAGAAGAGGACGAUGUUUUUACCCAAAGAUUCCACAUUGUGUAUUUGCAUUGAGCUGGCUGUUAUUCAUGUAAUUAUUGUUCUGAAUUCUCCUGUCUCUCUUGUUUGAAUUAUGCUUUUAACAUCCAAGUCUAAUCGUUGAUUAGCUUCUUCAACAAAAAUUUGAUCCUGUUAGAUCAUUUCAGAUGCAAACGUAACCACACCAGUAAAAUCAAGAUGAAAUGACAGAAUCAUGUCGUCCUGAGGAGUUGUUACUGAGUAUUUUUUUGCACUAGCUGGCUGAUCUAUGCACCGAGAAAAGCGGCCUCCAUGACAAGGCCUGUGUGUACUUUCUUCCUCCAAGUGCUGUUAAGUCCUGAAGGGUUUAUCAGCUCUGUGAUUUUUAUCUGCCAUCCACAGCCAGUGAGUUAGACCACUUCAUCAGGUAAACAGCCUUUUCACUGAGGCACUAACUGAAAGCCCCAGGGUUCCUGAGCUUUGACAUCAUGACAAUACCAGCCAAUAACUACUGCGACAUGUCACCUGGACCUCUGGGCUCCUCGUCGUUUCACCGAGCAUCGUGCAGUCCCUGUGCAAAGUGUUCAAUGAUAAAUGUUUCUCUCUGCUGUCAAAGGUGUUUGCUGUCAAUGUCAAUUCAUGAAGUGCAAACUGUAUCUUCCUCUUCAUGUCAUGUCUCUGAAGUUUCCACUGGCCAGAUUGCAGAAUGAAUCAGUUGGCAUUAGACUCAUACAACAGCACAUUUAUGAGAGCGAGGAAGUGCAAACAGACGAAAGCUUUUUCCCCGUGUGUUUGAUGAAUGUUUGUAUGAUUAAAUUAUCACUGAA